AUUUUGCGUUACUGUUUUAUCCUGCAUGGACGAGCAGAUGUCGCGCGCUGAACGCAGAUUAUUAAAUCGAGUAUGGAACAGCCUAAUGAUUAGGGUUUGAGCCUCGGACACUCUCAGUCUUACUGAACUCAUCAUGGAGCCAAUGGUUAUUGAAGUGCAUGGAGUUCCAUCCAUUUCUUCUCAUGAUCGAAUGACUGAUCAGUUAAAGAUCCACUUCCUGAAGCGGAAAAAUUCUGGUGGAGAUGUUUUAAUGGUAAUUUACCCAACUUCCACUCCAGGCCAGGCUUAUGUCAUUUUUGAAUCUGCUGAAGUUCCCGAAGUCUUGGCAUGGAAACAUAUUUUGGAAGUAGACAACAGAUUUUAUCCAAUAGGUGUAAAGAAAGCUCAUUUGUCUGAGGUGGACAUGCCAGUCGAGACUUCUCUGGAUUUGAGUAUGUUCCCAAAGCAAGAAAAGACAGUCUCAAAGCUCCUUAAAUAUUAUGGCUUUAAUGUAAAAGAUAUCAAAUCAGGUCACGUUCAGCUUCAUGGCUCCUUCUUGAAGCUAAAGCUCUUACGCAGUAAGCUUAUGCAGCUUCAGGGUCAUGAACAUCAGUCACAUGAGAGAUCUCCAACAACUCUUCACAAUGGCUCUACUUUGGGGUACGGCAUGGAGCGUAAUAGUGUGGACCACAGAUAUGGGUCUAAGUCUGUCUCAAGGAACGAUGCUGUUAGUUGGCUUGAUAGUGCACCAUCAUCAUUAUCAUCUUUAAAUAUAUAUCCAGCAGUAUAUGAAUCCUCCAGGAUCCAUCAGAACAGUCUUUUAUCUUACACUGAAAGAAAUACAAGCAGUCCAGUGGAUGGUGUUGCUCAAAAAUAUCACGAACGACACAACCACAAUGAACUGCUUGCCCAAAGACAAAGCCCGAUUGGUGAUGGUGCAUCAUCAUCAAUAUCAGCAAAUUAUUCAUCUGAUCUCACCCUGCUACACCACACAUCUCCACUGAAUAUAGAUUUAGCCUCAAGUGGAUCCCCCAGAAGUCUACAAAGCAGUUACAGCUCGACUUUUGGAAGUACUAGCUAUGCAUCGGACACUGGUAUUACAAAAUAUACCCAACAAGAGCAACAUGUCAUUGGCAAUGCAAUGGUUACUCAUAGAGCAAGCCCCCUUGUUGAUGUUCCAUCACCAUCAAAAAACUCUACAUCCAGCCCCAACAUGCAACACCACACAAAUUCCAGGGAUUCAGCCUCAGGUGGAUCCUUUAGGAGGCGUUCAAGCUUUGAUAGAGAUACUGGGGCCAGCUCAUCUUCAAGCAGUCCCUCAUCCUCGAGUGAAGGAAAGACAAGCUUUCCGGUGGACACAGAAAUCAUAGACUUUAUACUCACCCAAGAGCCAGAUGUUGUUAAGAGGAUUCAGAAUGCCUGUGGUACUGAGAUGAGCUUAAAAUACGAUGCUGGGUUUACAAUGGUCACAUUUUUGGGAAAGAACAGUGAGGAAGCUAAAGCAUAUCUUCUGGAAACUAUUAAAAAGAUUGGGCCUUUGUUGCGCACCCAAGUCAUUGAGCUGAAGAAAUUUGACCGUUCCGAACAAAAGAAGAUCCUUCAGAGAAUUGAGUUUAAUAAAGACUUGGGUGUUACGAUCACUCCUAGUGACGAUUGUGUAAAGAUUGUGGGGUACUCAAACUUAAGCUUUGAAGUGAUGCAAAAGAUACUGGGAAACAACGAUGACCGUGGAAGAGCCAUGGGGAGAAACUCAAAACUCAGGAGAAGCUCCUCUUUACCCCGACAGUUUAAGUCGACUCCCCAAUCCCGUAGUACAGGUCCUGAAUAUCAGGCAGGUGCCCCAAAGACAUAUUCUCCCUCACAUUAUCAAGAGAAAUCAGAUGAAGGAAAAGCUUCACAGGUUGUUCGAGGCCGGGAACAGACUCCAGACAGGAACCCCCAACACACACGCAGCAAUUCAGCAUCUCGAGACAAAAGCAAGAUAAGCAAGGAGCGGUCAAUGCAUCAAGAUGUAGAGUUAACGACACCAAAUCAAGUAAAAAAGUCUAUGGAUUUUAUAAAACUUCAUGAUUUAAAAAGCAGAAGUAUUUUCUGCAAAGGCUUCAACAUAAGGAAGAAGUAAUUACAUUUACAAUCAACUAGAUGACAGGAGUGAUUAGCCCUUAUUAUUUUUUUUUUCGGAAUAAAAUGAUGUAAAGGCGCUUAAAAUGAGCAGCUUUUAUUUUUCCUCUCUGUAGGCCUGUGAGGUAUUUUCUGUGAAUGUUGGUCUGCAAAGACCGUGUGCAAUUCUUCUGACACCUACUCUCACCAUAAAUCAUCUCUAGGUCCCUUAAUGCUGGGUUCACUUAAUCCUCACAGUAGUUAAUUUUUUUGUUGUUUAAAAACAAUAAACAACUUUGUUUUUCUGCUAAAACUUUUAGUUCAAAUUCUCAUUUAUAAGUUAAUGUAUUUUUGUUUAUUCUUUUUUCAUAUUAAAUUAAGCUUUUUGCUAUCUAAAAUGCACAAAUGCAAUAACACCUUCAUUCGCAACAUAGGGGAUGUUUUAUUUGCUAUUUAAUUUUAAAAUAAUUAUAAAACAAUGAUGAUAAAUAAUACAUUUUGACAGGUUAAUCUAAUAUGAUUUCUUCAUUAUUAAAAUGAUGUAAUUCUUAAAUUCUGUAGGAUCAUAUCUGGUGUACUUUAUUCACCAGGAUCGUUUGUAAAAUAAAUUGUAUAUGUUUUGUAAACAACAAUAGUUUUAAUUUAAUAAACAUUUAUUUACUGUAUAAAACACUGAUUUUAAUUUUCAUUC